GGUAUCCUUCAGGUCGCACCUUCCCAUUUCCCGCCCCUACUAGGUCGACUGUGCCCAGCUGUGCGCUAUGAUCAGUCGACGGCACUGCAGCACUAGCAAAACUUCCCAGGGACUGGGAUUUAUGGGCAACCUCCAUGUCUGGGACGCGCGUACCGAGGGGCCCGAACUGGCCAAACCAUCUCCGCCAAAUCAGCAGGUCUAGUCUCGACCGUUCUAUUGAGAAGGCAUAUUCGAACUCGCCCGGCGACACCCUCUCGAGCAAUUCUACCAUCCGCGAGCGCCCGGCAUCUCGCUUGUCGUCUCGCCUGCGCGCUGAGAGGCGAUGGACCGUCACCGUCAACGAGUCUUUUGCCCGCGAUGAGGUGCUCCUCAAUCUCGACGUGAUCGGAGAUGAUGUCAAACCCGGCAGCCUCGUGGCCAUCGACGUGGUGAAGGCCGACUCGGACAAGCCGUCCCAGAAUUCGCACUACAAGCCGCACCUCCAAGACGGCAAGGAUGGCGCUUCCGCAGCGUGUCCCGAGAGGAGCCGCUACAUCUGCGUGGCCAAGGACAUGCCCAGGGAACUGAAGGCGCGCUAUUCCACUGUCGAGGUCUACGUCGCAAAGCACAUAGCCGAUGUCUUUGGCAUGAGAAAGGGCACCCAAGUCACUGUCACUCCGAUCGACGCCAGUAACCCCGCGAUAGAGGCAUCUCACGUUGAGCUCUGCUUCCGAGACCAGUAUCUCUCGCGGGCCGACAUGUGGCGGAUGGCUGUCGGAGAGCUGGCCGAGCGGACCGUCUACAAAGGCCAGAUGGUCCUGUUCAUGGGCACCGUCAAAGCCCAGGUCACCACUGUCUAUGUCGAUGGGCGCAAGGUCCAGUCCGCCUUCUUUGGCCGCGACACGAAGCCCAUCUUCCGCAGCGAGUCCGCCCGGUAUGUGCUCUUCAUCCAGAUGGCCCGUGAGAUGUGGGAUUUUGACCCCGACGGGUCGGGCGAGAUCACAUUCAAUAAGGUCGUCAACGGCUUCCUGCCGGCCCUGUUCAAGAAGUGGGCCGCCAUGCGGGUCAAGCACCUGGUCACCAUCGUCUUGUUUGCCCGCGUUGAAUACGACACGGGCAUUUCCACCGAGCUAGCAAGUGCUUCGGUCCACGACGGCUACUACACUGGGAUCCAGGCAUCCGGGGAUCGCCGCCCUUACAAGGACUUUUACCGCGUCGUAGUCAGCGAGAUGGGGAGCGGAGAGUGGACCAAAAUCCUCCAUCAGCUUAAACGCGAGUUCAACUACUUCCGCAAAGAUAUCAGCACCUAUCAUCAGAAGGCCAUGGCAUCAUCCGCAGCCACGGAGGAACCCGGUGACCGAGAGCUGCUACUGAACCGAAUCAAGGCCGAGGCGUCGCGAGCCAUUCACGGGAAUUUCCUCGAAGCAAUCAACAUGGCCUCGUCGUUGUUCGCCCGCGACUAUAUCGACCGGGACUUGACUAGGACUGGCGUCUCGGUGGCGGUCAUCAGUCCUAGCCCCGGCGUGUUCGAGGUCGAGUACGAAGCGCUGCGCCGCACCACCGAGGCGAUUGUGGGAAACGGCAUUGGUAUUGACCUGAUUUGCAUCCCCAAGGUUCCACUGCAUUCAGUGCCCCUUUUCCGAUACCGCAACCCGUAUCAUCAAUCCGGCCAUGUCCAGCGCAGGACCAAGGUAAACCUUAGCCACGGGAGCACGCCGAAGCAAACGAGCCUCGCAUUUGGAAGCUACAGCAGCCUCGCUGGCUCGUACUCGCCGAGCAAGAGGAUCGACGGUAUGCGCCAUGGUGAACCGUCUGGUCCUGCUUCCGCAUUCGCAGAGGAGGAGUGGGUCUCGGCCAUACCCCAGUGGCUUCACGUCUCAUACUGGACCGGUGCCUCCGAGGAGGAGUUAUCAUACCAGGGCAUAGCUCUAUCAGUCUCAGACGCCGCACACACUCAGUCGGGUGACGAAUUCCCAAUCCGGUGCCGCAUGUAUGACUUGCAAAUGAGAAGCGUCAUGGAAACAAACGAAAUCGAGACCAAGCCGCUGCACACGGACCCUUGCUUCCCCCUUAAGGCGGUGCUAGAAAGCCAGGUUUCCAAACCGCACUUUGACCUCCAAGGAAAUAUCAUCGUCAAGAAUACCCGGGUCCCAGAAACCCUGUUCGACCAUGUCUUCGGGUUCCAGAAGUUUGCUCCUGACCGACAUAGUAAGCCUGGUGACAGGUCUUUAUGGAGGAAACUGCAAGAAUACGACAACUGUAGGGCGCGUCUGCCCUCCCGCCGGAGCGCCAGUUCUCCCAGGAAUGGCCGCGACCAAGAGGACACUCCACGGGGGCGAGCUGUGGAGGACGCCGCCAGCCUCUUCGGGACGUCCUGGGCAGAGCAGCGACCUCCAACAGCUUUCCAACAGACACACCCAGAGCCCCCUCCCUAUUAUCUUUCGGCGUCUGAGAGAUUAGAUGUUCCCUCAAUACACCGGAGAAACACAAGCGUCGAGCCCACCAAGCCUGCUGAGCCCAAGCCCGCACCAUCAUCCCCAAAGCCCCAAAAAUUCAUGCGCCAAAUCAGCCUAGGAAACCGGGGUUUUGGUAUUGCCGCUCCCAAGGUAGCCACCGCCGAGGUGAGCAUGGAAAACGUGGGCGCUUCCAAAUCAGUGGCGCACUCUCGCAGCUCGCAGGAUCUACGGAUGACCCCAGUGAAGACGGGACAGCGACCUUCGUCAUCCCAUAAGAUGACCGUCGGAACGCCGACAACGGCGUCGUCCCAGGCCGGCCUCUCGCCGUUCGCUUUUCCGGCAGGGCCUCAGUUAUCCAUAGGCACGCCUACUACGCCCACUAGGCCGAUCUUGAUCAGAACCAAUCCACAAGGAAACGAGCCCGCGGCCAAGAUGCUGUCUGGCUCCAUUCUCGCAACGACUCUCCGUCCCGAGCCCGUUGGCCAGAGCCGCGAUAUCCAAUAUUCGAACGCGAUCAUGGCAGAGGAUGCCAAGAAGCUGUACAAUUCAAAGCUGCUCGCGGGAGCCAUCCCCGAACUGCCAUCAACUCUGUCGCCCAAGGAGGCGCUCUCGCCCUGGCUGACCGUGCUCAAUCCGUCGAAUCCGGACACGAACGAGGUGGACAUGGCCAUGCUUUACAGCCGUUGGCAGCACGUCUUCCCCAGACCGCAAGAAAUGAGGGUCAUGAAGUGGAAGAGUCUAUGCUCACCGGCCGCCGUGCCCCUCACGUCAGAGUAUUUCCCGUCCAAGGCGCAGUUUGAAACCGAGUACGAGCGCCACCCUUACAACGUGUCUCAGAAUUUCGACGACGAGACCUUGGAAGAGCCCAGGUCUCGUGACGAAUUGCUGCGCGAGCUGGUCAGUCUGCGGUUCUCUCAGGGGUUUCAGAUUGUCGUUGGCCCGGCCGUUGCCAGGGCGUUCGGCCAGAAGCAGGUCAAGGUUGCCGACAUCUUCUCGCGCGACCAUAUGAUGGAGGACGGCACCAGUAUCUUCAUGUCCGUCGGUAAUACCAUCCAUCAACUAUCCUGCGUUAAUGGUACCGAGGUCGAAGUCAACAUCUUCGUUCGAAAGCCGACCGACCCAUUUAUGCAGUCAUACGGCGGACUGCCGUUGUACAAACCGGCGAUCCGGACGCUAUUGGAUCCCAGCUACCAGACGAGCGAGUUCGAACUUGUUGCGCCAAAAUCGGAGAGGAACUGGAAUUACAUCGACGCGUUUGUUGCUGGUCACAACGAAGAGCUCACCGAGCAUCUCAGAUUUUGGCGCGCCAGAUUUGUCUUGAUUCCUGUGACGGGCCGACACUCGUCUGUGUCCGGAACGGAUAGCGGCGACAAUGAGGAAGAGGUUCGCAUCGAAGGCAUCCGAAAACUCGCCCAGACGUGGCAGAGACAUCGCUACAUCCCGCCGAACGAACGGCGGCUCCAGGGCUCCGGGACGCGAAGGAAGAAGGAUAUGAACCCCUUAGACAUUGUCUACAAAACAGAGGACCCUUCUACUGUCAUUGCUGCCGAACUUGAGACGCUGCCUCUCUUGGAGAGCCAGGACCGCAAAGGGCAGCUCGUGCGAAGCAGGGAGCAGUUCUCCAAAAAGAACAUCAAUCUGGCCGCACUCGCCGAGGCCAUUCAGCAGCCGGUGGACCAGGGCGGAGUUCGAAUGCAGAAUCGACGUUGGCACUUUCGGCUGCACUACAACUGUUUCAUCGGGUCGGACAUGACCACUUGGCUUCUGGAUAACUUUGAGGACCUGGAAGACCGCGAGGAGGCCGAAGCGCUGGGCAACCGUCUUAUGGUCUCCGAUGAGAAGGAUAAAGAGGGCAAGCGGGAGAGCGGCGGCUUGUUUGUGCACGUCGAGAAGCGACAUCCGUUCCGAGACGGGCAGUACUUCUACCAGAUCAGCAGCGAGUAUGCCAAGCCGCACCCGCCAGGUUGGUUCAACACCAGACGGGGCCAGGGGUCUGUACCCUCGACGCCGAUAGGCGAGCAGGCGCCGCGAGACGCACGCCCCGGCCUUUCCCGCCCAACGUCGAUCCACGAAGAAGACUCGCAGACGUCGGGCUCGGUGACGCCUACAGCAACAGCCACGACAGGUGGCAAGAAGCCGAAAGUGGUGCUGAGCCGGGCCAUCAAAUACGACGUGGAUCACAGGAGACGGUCGUACCGCCCGGAGAUCAUCGAGUUGCACUACGAUCGGCUACAUAACCCGGACAACUGCUACCACAUCCGGGUGGACUGGAUGAACGUGACGGCGAAGCUGGUGGAAGACGCCAUCGAGAACUGGAGCCGCGAGGCCGGCCAGCACGGCCUCCGGCUUGUCGAGGUUCCCAUUGCCGAGGCGUGCACCAUCAGCAAGAUCAAUCCAUUCCGGCGACCGUACCUGAUCAAGCUUGCCGCGCCACCGCCAGAUCAGUCGCCCGUCACCUACUACGACCCCAACUCGUUUGGUCCGCAGGCGCAACCCGGAAGGCACUUCUACCAGAAAGCCAUCCUCCGGAAGUUCGACUUCGUCCUCGACAUGGAGGCGGCUGCGAGCUUCCCCAGCGACGUGGACGUGUCCUACUCCUGGGGCAGGCCCGAUUACAAGUACACACAGUAUAUCCACCGGUCUGGGUCCAUCCUGGCCGAGAUCACCGACGAGGGCGACUUUCUCCUACUGGCCAACAGGCUCUACAAUAGCCGAGCAGCUGCCGCACAGGAAAAGGAAAUCCAAAAGGAACUUCGUGGAAAGCAGCAGGCGGUGGGCAGCGGUAGCGCCAGCAUGGCCGGCGGCAGCUCGGGGUCGGGCGCGAGCAACGCCGUACGCGCCCUCACAACAGGCUCAGGCGCAUACACCCCCUACGGCAUCCCGCCCAACCCGCUUUCCACUCCAGUGUCAUCUCCGGCGCUGAAACCAAUCUCUGGUUCUUCCCUGCUCUCACCCUCCCUUCGGCCGGUCCUGUCCGGGCCCCCGGGGGGCCAAGGCCAGUUCAAGCAAGGACUAGCUACCGCUGCCGGUGCGGGCGCGACAUGGCCAACCGUGACCUUGACGGCAGCCCAAGAGCCGGAGUCGAUUAAAGAGGAGCUGGAAGCUUUCUGUCAGGACGCAAGGGGGUUAGAGGCCUUCUAUGGGGAGUUGAAGACGGCAGCACCUGCGUCGACGCCUGCGUUUGCCGCUGCCCAAGCUGCGGUAACAAGCGGGGCGGACAUACCGGCCUUGGGGCUGCCGCCCGGCCUGUUGGCGGCCUCUUCCACGGCGACUGCAGCCUCUGCCGGAGCGAUGGCUGGGUCGGGUAUGAGCGAGGUACACGCCGCGGUCGGGGUAAGCCCAAGAGCGGGAAGCCCCAGUCCGGCAUUCAUGUCUGCGUCGCAGCUGUUGAGGCGGGGCAGCGUGCAGUAUGAGGGCAUUAUUGGUGGGUUGAGGGGCAUGGUCGGCCAGGAUAGGGACAAGGGACAGGGCUAGGUACGUAUGGUAGGUACUAAGAUACUACCUACCUGAUGUAUGCCAUAUAUAAAAUAAUAGUACA